GUGCAAUUUCCCCCCAAUCCCAAACACUUAAUUGAGCAAUUGGGAUUCCUCACGUGUGGGCUGAUUUGUAGUUUGAACACGUGGCUCAUUCAAAAAAGCCGGAAUAGCAGAGGAUUUUUUUUCUCCCCCCCUUCUUCUUCUUCUUCUUCUUCUUAUUCUAGGCUCUAGACUCAGAGGCGGGCGCCAGCCUUACCGUGUGUGACAUUCUCUGUCUCUUUGCCAAGAGGUUUGGAGGAAGACACAAAGUAGUUUCUCCUCCUUUUCACCCUGCCCGCCAUCGUUUGGAGACACGAGAUUAAUAAUUGAGCGUUUAUUUAUUGCGCGAUAGAGACAGAGGGGCGAGGGAGCGCAAACGCACUGUGAGUCUGCCAGUUUAAAUCUAUCUGUGGCUUGAACGACCGGGAAGCACGCCACAGCCACUCCGUAGUAGUAAAGGCGAUUUAGGCUACUCCAAACACUGCACAUCCGUGAGAGCAAAUAACUAUCUCUCCUUCAGCGUAAAGAUUGUCCCUUUCGGCUUACAACAUGAAUAAGCUAUACAUUGGCAACGUGAGCGCGGAGGCGAGCGAGGAGGACUUCGAAACUAUCUUUGAGCAGUGGAAGAUUCCGCACAGUGGUCCAUUUCUUGUCAAAACUGGCUAUGCGUUUGUGGAUUGCCCGGACGAGAAGGCUGCAAUGAGGGCCAUCGAUGUUCUUUCAGGUAAAGUUGAACUUCACGGGAAAGUUCUCGAAGUGGAGCACUCGGUCCCUAAACGUCAAAGGAGCUGCAAGCUGCAGAUCAGGAACAUCCCGCCUCACAUGCAGUGGGAGGUGUUGGAUAGUAUGCUUGCUCAGUAUGGCACAGUAGAGAGCUGUGAACAAGUGAACACUGACACAGAAACCGCAGUAGUCAAUGUCCGAUACGCAGCCAAGGACCAGGCCAGGCUGGCAAUAGAGAAGUUGAACGGAUCUAUGAUGGAGAACUAUGCCUUGAAAGUGUCCUAUAUCCCAGAUGAGACGGCAGCAGCCGAGGGUCCUUCGGCGGGGGGCAGGAGAAGUUUUAACGCCCGCGGACCCCCUCGUUCUGGCUCCCCAGGUUUGGGUGCUCGGCCCAAAGUGCAAUCGGACAUCCCGCUGCGCAUGCUGGUACCCACGCAGUUUGUAGGGGCGAUCAUCGGGAAGGAGGGCGCAACUAUCCGCACCAUCACCAAAGACACCCACUCAAAGAUCGACAUCCAUAGAAAAGAGAACGCAGGCGCGUCGGAGAAACCCAUCACAGUUUUCGCCAGCCCUGAUUGUUGUUCGAACGCCUGCAGAACCAUCAUGGAGAUCAUGCAGAAGGAAGCCAUUGACACAAAGUUUACGGAGGAGAUCCCACUGAAGAUCCUUGCACACAACAACUUCGUAGGAAGAUUAAUAGGGAAAGAAGGACGCAACCUGAAGAAAAUUGAACAGGAAACGGGGACCAAGAUCACAAUCUCACCUCUCCAGGACUUGACCCUGUACAACCCAGAGCGGACCAUCACGGUGAAGGGCUCCAUUGAGGCGUGCUCCAGAGCAGAGGAGGAGGUCAUGAAGAAGAUCAGGGAGUCGUAUGAGAGCGACAUGGCUGCGAUGAACCUCCAGUCCAACUUAAUUCCUGGCUUGAAUCUGAAUGCUCUGGGUUUGUUUCCCAGUGGAGCACCAGGCAUGGGUUCUUCCAUGUCCAGCGUCCCACCUCCUGGAGCCCACGGCGGAUGCUCGUCAUUUGGUCAGGGACACCCAGAGUCGGAGACGGUUCACCUGUUUAUCCCUGCGCUUGCGGUGGGAGCCAUCAUUGGAAAACAGGGUCAGCACAUAAAACAGCUGUCUCACUUCGCUGGAGCCUCAAUCAAGAUUGCUCCUGCAGAAGGAAUGGAUGCCAAGCAGAGGAUGGUCAUCAUUGUUGGACCACCAGAGGCUCAGUUUAAGGCUCAGUGUCGUAUCUUUGGCAAGCUGAAAGAAGAGAAUUUCUUUGGACCCAAGGAGGAGGUGAAGCUGGAGGCUCACAUCAAGGUUCCCUCUUUUGCUGCUGGUAGAGUCAUCGGGAAAGGCGGGAAAACGGUUAAUGAGCUGCAGAACUUGACCUGUGCUGAAGUAGUGGUGCCCAGGGACCAGACGCCUGAUGAGAACGACCAGGUUAUAGUCAAGAUCAUCGGACACUUCUUUGCAUGCCAGCUGGCCCAGAGGAAAAUUCAGGAGAUCCUGGCUCAGGUGAGGAGACAGCAGCAGCCUAAGCCCACAUCCGGAGCCCAACCUCCACUGCACCGCAGAAAGUAAAGAUCCAGCGGACCUGGAGGAAUGGUGACUGAAUCUGCCAGAAGACUUCACGGAAGGACAGAUGCAGUAGAGUCCAGGGGGAGAAGAAGAAGACGACGACGACGACGACGACAGUGGGUCCUAAUGCUCAUCUCAGGGGUGAAAAGGUUAUCGGAAAACCAACCAACCACCUGCCCCCUCCUCGUCUUACUUGAUUGACCGUCAGGUGUGGCUAAUAAGGGACCUCACGCCUCUAAAGCUCUGCCCGCGGCGCCUCUCUGCAUCUCUACGAGAGUGUACUUCUGAGGGCUCCCACCAACGUCACCUGCCCUCAUACGUACACACGUACCCCUAGACCGCUCUCCUCCUCCUCCCCCCACGGGUGUGUUUAAGAAUUUUUUUUAUUUUUUUUUUUUGGUUAUAUUUCUACACUAGAAACACAAAGACAGAAUAAGGAUCCCCCUCCUAUCACCUCCUUGGUGUGGUACUUCAAACAUGACAAGAUGUUUUUGGUUGACUUCAGGUUUAGUUGACACCUGUUUUUUUCCUUUUUUUUUUUUUUUUAAGUGUUUAAUUGGUUGAUGAAGCUUUCUCAUGAGUUUUCUGUGGAAAGGAAAAUGCAUUGCUAUCAAGGUCCCGGUCGGACCAACAGAGAGGUUUAUUUGGGGGGAGGGUUGGCUCAGAUUGGGUGGGCCAUGUUUAGGGGAAAGAUUCUUGUUUUAGGACAGGACUCCUGAAAGGGUGGAUUAUUAUUGGGCGUCCUGCUCUUGUAAUGAUAGUGGCAUUUUAUAAAUUCGGAUGCAUUUUAUAGAUAGACCUAUAUACAUAGAUGAAUAUAUAUAUACAUAUAUAUAUUUAGAGGUGAGGGCAGCGCCACGACUGACGCUUAGGGAAACGGUGCCGAACUGCUGCUGCCCAGGAAAACCAAUUUAAUAUGCAUUUUACUUAACUACCUCAGGAUCUAGUACCUCAGAAGAGAAAAGAAAAUGAUUAUAUAUAUAUGAAAAAAUGUUCCUUUCUUUUUUUUAUUUUGCUUUUGUGGUAUUUUGUAUACUUUAUAAAGCUGAUAGUCUUUGAACAUUUUUAUUUUUUUAAGAAAAUUUAAAAUUUGGUCAGCUGUCAGCUGACCUUGCCUUCAACUCUGGUGCUUUAGGUGGCAUUGUACAUGUGUAUGUGUGACUUGAGAUGACCCUGUACAUAAAGUCUAUUUGUACAUAGCGGCCCCGGAGCAAGAGUUGGCGCCCCCUCAGCUGGCGGCUGACAGGAGUAUAGAGAGAAAAUCGCCUCAGUUUUUUCCCCUGAGGGUCCACCAUCUUCUGGAAGAAAAAAAAAAAGAAAAAAAAAACAGUACAAAACAACUAAGACAUGCAAAUAAUGCCAACCGUACAUAAUUGCAGCAAUGCCAUUUAGUUUUGAGAUUGACAUCAUUAUUGGUAAUGGUACUUUAAUUUGUCAAAGAUUUCCUUUUUUUUUUUGCCUUCCUAUGAGGGCUGUGGUCAGGGUGCUGCGGGGUCGUCCCUGUAGCUGUCCUAGAGUCAGCGGAGCCUCUGGGUUCAUCCUUUCUGAUCCCAGACGAUCUGCCACCUUCUUGACAAUAGUGUCUUAGCAAGGUUCAGGCCCAGCUAGGUUUAUUUUCAUAGAGCAAACAUUGUCAGUUCGGAGUGGCCCUUGUAGCCAGGCCAUCAUUUCGAUGUCGACGUCAUUCACUGCAUGGUGAGGGUAGGGGGAGUCACACUGAUAGAUGCAUAUAUAAAUAUACUUUUUUUUUUCGUGCUUUAGGAAAACGAUUUAAACAAAGGACAUUCUCUGUAACCCACGCAAAUCUAACUUGACUUCUAAUUUUGUCCUUCGUACAGGGAAAGCGAGUCAGAAAAAGUGUCUCAAAAAUACUGAAUGAACCCUGACUUGGGUGAGGAAAAAAGAAGAAAGGAAUCCAAAACUUAAAUAUACAAUUUCUUUCAUUUGUUUCCAUGCCGAAUGUAAAUAUGUUGAUUGUGGUAAAAGUGCUCGAGUGUAUCCAUGCUUCCACAGUAGAACGCCGUCUACCUCAGCUGAGGGGUGGGGGUUGUUGUGGCACUAGGCACCCCACCCUGCCCCCACUGAGCGCCAGCGCGCACUAAUACCUCAGCCCCCCCUCCCCCAGCCCCCCCCACCCCACCCUUCCUCCCUCCUACCCCGAACACUUCUUUCCACACGGGCGCGCCCUCCUAACACCUCGCUCAAGUGGGGCACAAGUGAUACUUAAAAUUAUCCCCGACAUCUCCCCUGCUUCCCUCCCGCCAACCCCUCCCCUCCCCGCACCCUUCCCACCCCUUCCUCCAGUUUGUUUUGAUCUACCUCUUUAGACAUGUAUUUGAAGUAGAGGCAUUCUUCUAUUUGUUAGAAUUUACCCCCCCUCACCCCCACUUUACGCAACCCCCAUGCCCCCCUCCCCCGAUAAGAAUGUAAACUUUAACUAAAAUCAGACUGUUUAGAAUUGAGUUAUCAAAAGUGAUCAAAAAAAAUAAAAUUUUUCUUUGCCAGUGUUGAUAUAAAUUAUAUACUCCUUUUGACUUAAUUGAAAUCCUCAGUGUUUUUCUUUUUUUUUUUUUCUUUCUGCUUUCUAUUUUUGGUGGUGUGGCUUACAUGUAUUUGAACUUUUGCUUGGGAUUUUUGUGAAAAAGGUCAAAUCACGUGCUUGAGUUUGCAUUCAGUAGUUAAAACAAGAUAAUACAGUUUUAAUAAAGGGCCUGCCUUUUUUGUUUCUGAUUUGUAAGACUUCAAAAUAGUCCUGUCUUUUUUUUUUUUCUCUUUCUUUUUUGUCUUUGACAGAUGCUACACUUGCUGAUUUGGUAGCCUUUUCUUCUGUUAGCAUUUCUUGGCUGUGUAACGUGGAACAUCUUCUUGGUAUGGCACAGAUACGAGGGACUGGGUCUCUGAAUUUUUUUUUUUUUUUUUUUUUUUUUUUUUCUUUUUGGAAAAGUGAU